AUGGUUCAUUUUUCUCAAUCACUUAUGCCUGAUGUUCCAUUAGCAACAUCAUUACCAACAACAUUUACAUUUCAACCAAGUAAUAAUAAUAAUCAAAUUGAUGAUCAAUCAACAUUACAACAACAAUCAGUUGCAUCAUCGUCACAAUCUCAAUUAAAUUCAUCAAAUCAACAACAACGAUCAUCUUCAAAUGAUGAAUCAAAUACUAAUAAUCAAACACAUCCAAAUGAUUAUGAAACACGUUUACGAUGUCCUAAUUGUGAUACAUGGGUUGUUAAUUUAAGUGAUCAUUUACGUAAAACUCAUCGUAUAGCAUCACCAGUUGAUCGAAAACCAUUAUUACGUAUGGCACGUUUAGAAAAACGUCGUAUGACUGAAUCAGCAAAUAAUACAUCAACAAUAAAUCGUCGAACAUCAUCAACACUUAUUGUUAAUGGUUUACAAUCAUCACAUACAAAUACAAAUAAUGAAAUUGAAAAUUUACUUUUUAAACAUGAACAAGAUUCAAAUCCACAAUUUUCUGUUACAUUACCAGAAAAUAUUUUACUUAAUCAUCAAAUAACAAAUUCUAUAGGUCAUUUUACAUCACCAACAUCAAAUAAACGUAUACGUUCAUCAGAUGAUCAUACAGGACAAACAAUUAAUGGACCAUUAUCACCAAAUAAAAAAAAUCGUUUAGAUAUUAUUGAUACAACAAAAUUAGUACAAACAAGUCAUUCAUCAUCGAGUAGUAAAUCAAGUAAAAAAAAUCGAAAUAAACAACAACAACAACAACAACAAUCACAACCGCAGACAAUUAUUAAAACAGCAGCAUCGGGGAUAUUUCCACAACAAGCUGUUGCAAUGCAACAUAUGGAAGAAAGUUCGGAUGAUCUUUCAAAAGUUCUACAAAUGAUGGGUAAUGAAAUGAAUUUUCUUAAUCAACACUUACAAACAACAUCAAUUCUAUUACAAAAACAACUUGAUUUAGCGCGUGAUAGUUUACAUGCAUGUUCUGUUCAAUUUGCUCAUUUAAAAAGAAUGAUUCAACAACAAAUUUAA